UUAAUAAAAAUGUUAUUGAGGGGAAGAAUUUUAGCUUAUUUUGCAAAAGUGAAAGUAACAGAAACUCCAAAAAUAAGAAUAGGAGAGGCAAUAAAAUUAAUAAAAGAGAAAGCCAAAGCAAAAUUUGAUGAGACAAUAGAUUUUUAAUUAAGGUUGAAUGUUGAUCCAAAACAUGGUGAUUAAAAUGUAAGAGGUACAUGUAUGUUACCAGGAGGAUUAGGAAAGAAUGUGUCAAUAGCAGUAUUGGCAAGUAAUGAAUUAAAUGAAGUUGCAUUAAGAGUACUAUGAUAUAAUUAAAUAAUAGGCAGGUGCAGAUUUUGUAGGUUAAGAAGAGAUAUUGAAAUCAAUAAAAGAUGGAACAUAUAAAUUUGAAAAAUUAAUAACAACAUAAGAAAUGCUAGUUCAUUUAAAACCUUAUGCAAGAUUAUUAGGUACAAAAGGUUUAAUGCCAAAUCCAAAAGCUGGAACAUUAGUAUUACCUUAAGAACUUACAUAAGCAAUAAAAGGAGCAAAAUCAGGUUCAAUAGAAUUUAGAGUGGAUUCAGGUUCAAAUUUAAUGGUACCUGUUGGAAAGAAAUCAUUUGAAGAUAAAGUGAUAUUAAUGAAUAUCAAAGCAUUUUCUCUAGCAUUGAAUCAAAAGAGACCUACAUCUUUAAAAGGAUAAUUAAUAGGAGAAGCAAGAAUAAAAACAACUAUGGGAUAACCAGUAGAAGUAGAUGUGUCAUCAUUUGAUUAAAGAAAUAAAGAAAAUGAUUUGAAAGAUUUGGUUUAUUGAAAAGUAUAUUAUAAUUAUAUAACAUUUAUAUAAAGAAACAAAAGGUU